AUGGCAAAACCAUUCAAACGUGCUUGUAAAGCACAUAAUACGACCAACGAUAAUGUUGAAAACUUAGUAGAAAAACCAGCAAGUACUUCUUCCAGUCAAAGUCCAGUAUCAUCUCAACCUCCCAAAAGUGCCAAUAACAACACCACCAAUAACAACAACAACAACGGCGGCGGCGGUGGAGGUGGAGGGGGAGAUGGAGAUGGAAUGCAAGUAGGUUUAGCAUAUGCAGGAAGAGGUGGUUCUAUAGCUCCUUGGAAAUCUCUCCCAGGAUCAAAAUUAUCUUGGUAUUAUACUUGGAGUGCUACGGCAACUUCGAAUGAUGAUGGUUUAGAAUUUAUUCCUAUGGUUUGGGGAGAAAAAUCUUUGGCUGGUUUGACGGAUGCUGAGAAGAAGUGGCCGGCGGGAACUAAAUAUGUCUUGUCGUUUAAUGAACCCGAGAUUCAACCGAAAUCUGGAGGGUCGGACAUGUCAGCUCAAGACGGUGCCAAAUGGCAUCAACAAUGGGUUUCGUCACUCUCAGGCAAGUAUCAGAUUUGCUCGCCUGCAGUGACGAGAGGAGGUAAAACAUGGAUGCAGGACUGGCUGAAAGCUUGUGAUGGGAAAUGUCAAUACGACCUCGUCUGUUUCCAUUACUACGGUACAGAUGCCACAGACCUCAUCAGUUAUGCCAAGGUAAGAAAUGUUUCAACAACUUUUUCACUUCCUCGUCGAUAG